AUGUUACUGAGUCGCCUCAAUAGUCACCUUCUUCCUCGUCCUUCCACUCGUCGUCUAUGGUCAACUUCCCACCUUCCCUCAAGAGCCCAACUCCCCGCUUCACCUCCGCAACUUCCCCUCCCCCACCCCCCCAACCCCUUCUUAUUUCCCCGUCCCCUCUUUCUCCCCCCUCCAACCCCUCACUCCCUCCCUCCCCCCGUUUCCCCUCUCCCUAUUCUCCGCUCCCCUCCUUUCCCCCCACUUCUCCAGGUGUUUCUGUGCUACGGUCAGUUCAUAUUCGGUCCCGAUUUCCGCUCGCUGGUGCUGUCGUUCCUGCUCAUCCUUAUACCGGGGAUACUCUUCUGCGUCUUCGUGGCCGCGCAGCUUCCUGGAAAGAUUCCUGGAGGCAUCGUCGUGCUUCCAGUUGCUAUCUGUUACAUUGCAUGGAACCUCUUCAUUCUGGUCUUCACAGCGUGCAGGGAUCCAGGCAUCGUGCCUCGCAACCUCGUCCCCCCAGACCCUGAUCCGGAUAUCCGGAUAUGCACCCCUCCCUUCCUUCCACCCCCCGCCCCCCCAUCCUCCCCAGAACCUCUUCAUCCUGGUGUUCACAGCGUGCAGGGAUCCAGGCAACGUGCCUCGCAAUCUCGUUCCACCUGA